GGGUGUGUGCCCGCGCCGUGCCCCUGUGCGCGCUGCCGGGCGGCCGCCGGUGUGAGUCACGGCAGGACUCGCCUUUAUAAUCGCACUCGGGCUCUCGGAGCCGCCGUCUCGCCCGCCCGCUGUCGUGCGUACCUCCGCGCCCGACCGGCCCAGCGCCCCUGACCGCCCCAGCCGCGGCGCACGCCCGAGGGCGCAAUGAGAAGCCCGCGCUGUGCCCAGGUCCUGCUCCUGCUCCUGCUGCCGCCACUGUUGCUCUCACCCUGGGCUGGGGACGCCGCGGUGAUCACCGGGGCCUGCGACAAGGACCCCCAGUGUGGUCGAGGCAUGUGCUGUGCUGUUAGUAUCUGGGUUAAGAGCAUAAGGAUUUGCACACCUAUGGGCAAAGUGGGAGACAGCUGCCAUCCACAGACUCGAAAAAACCAUUUUGGAAAUGGAAGGCAGGAACGAGAAAAGAGGAAGAGAAGAAAAAGGAAAAAGGAGGUUCCAUUUUUUGGGCGGAGAAUGCAUCACACGUGUCCCUGUAUGCCAGGCUUGGCCUGCUUACGGACUUCAUUUAAGCAGUUUAUUUGUUUAGCCCGAAAGUAAUCAUGUUAGAGUAGAAACUUUAAAUGUGAACAGCCACAUUGUGUCUAUAAAGUCUUAACUUGUGAUUGUGCCAGAUAAAAUUAUGCCAGAAAGAAAUGCUCUUGUUUCCUCUGCUUUCCAAGUGACAUUUUUAUCUUUGAUUUUUUAAAUGAUUUUUUUUCUAUUGAAAGGGAAUUUUAAUUUUGGAUAGAAAUAUAAAGUGCAAAGCAUUAUGGAACUGGUUCUCAUUUCCUUGUUUGUUUUUUGGUUUGGUUUGGUUUGGCUUUUUUAAUGUCAGUAACUCAGCUGCUUUCACAAAAGUGAGGAGAAUAAGAAUUGACAUUUUGUUAGAGGCACUUUUUUCUUACAACUCCUCUGUCCCUUCCCCACACAGAGACACAUACACUUUUUGGUCUCUUGUCUCUUAGUUCUCAAAGAAUUACAAAGCCCUCACUUUUUUGCUCUUCCAUUUCCCUCACUGCCCUUUAGCAUUUUAGAGAGGAAGGUCUGGAUCUGUAGUUUGCUGGGAGAAUCACUGGUUCAAACUGAACUAUUUGCCCGAUAUGUUUAACAGUGACAAGAGGAUGUAGUUGAACUGGAUACUCCCAGCUACUCCUUGGAGGGCAGAGAAUUUUCCUGCACCUGUCUAGCCCAGUGAACUUCAACUCUGCUCUUUGUUGUAAGGACAGAAAGAAUAAAAAGCCAAAUUAUCUUAGUCCAGAUUUCUAGAUUUUGGGUUUUGUUUAAACAAAACAUCUUUUCCAAUACAAUGAUUUUUUUCUCUCUCUCUUUCAUGAAAUUUAUUUGUUUUAAAUUCUCCUGUUAGAGAUGUUCUAAAAAAUGUCACUUGAUGGGCCAGGGUUUUAGCUCAGCGGUACCUCCACCUGCCUCCCAAGUGCAAGAUCCUGAGUUUGAUCCCCGGUACCAAAAAAAAAAGUCACGUGAGGAAAUAUUGAGUUUAAUCUGGCAUAACAGUAGUCAUCAUUUUUAAAUUGGAAUUAAGUUAUAAUUUAAACUUUAUUUGUAACCAAAAGGUCUAUCAUAAUGGAUUCCCUGGUAUCUUGCCAUUUGUACCUGUAUCAAUAUUGCUGUGUAAAAAUUCUGUAUCAGAAUAAUGACAGUACUGUACAUCAUUUGAUUUAUUUUAAUAUUAUAUCCUUAUUUUUUUCAUGGUUUUAUUGUGAGCAGAUUUCUAUAGAGGCCACAUCCAAAAAUGGGUGAAGACUCCAAAGUCAGUAAAAUAGGCCUAACACUACGUGCAUUUCUAUGUUACAUCCAGAAAAGUUGUGUUUGCCUGAAUUUUAAGGUAAUCUAAAAGAAAUAAACAAUGUGUACAUCAA